AUGUACGCAUCUACCGCCCUCGUUGUUCUCGCCGCUGCCGUUCCGGCAUUGGCAUUUGAGAAAAUCAGCGUCCCCUCCAACAUCAAGGCCAACACCGACUUCGAGGUCCAGAUCACCAACGACCUCAGCAACGGCUCAAGCUCGGUCGAUGCCGCCUACUCCAACUUCAAUGUCUACCUGGCGACCGCACCACCUAGCUCUUCAGGGUUGAUGCCUACCUGCUUGCUCUCGAAGGGAAACAAGAUCGACACCACUUCCGUCAAGGUCAACAUCCCCGCCGACCUAUUCCCUAGCGAUGCCACGUUCGCCAUCACCACCCUGGAGCUCAAGCAAAACAAGGACAAGAACAGCGGCUCUUCUGGCUACAAGUACAGCGACCAAUUCUCCCUGGAGGGUGCCACCGGUAGCUGGGGCAAGGCGGAGAAGGGAGGUCUCAGUUUCCUUGACGGCGAUACUGCCCCGUGCUCUUCGUACGCAUGUGCCCGCAAAUGCGACGACCAGUAUUUUGACGACCUCAAGAAGAACCAGCAGUCUCAAGACAAAGAGGCCUACAAGAGCCUAUACAAAUCGGCCUACGAGUGUAUUACCAAAUGCCCUGGCGCCUCCAUGAGCAAGCCGGAUUCCAUUGGCUCAAGCACUACCGCUACCUCCGCCUCCAGUAGCGUGACAGCAACAUCGAGCAAUGCGAGUGGAACCUCGAGCCAGACCGAUUCUGCAAGCAGUGAUGCUUCCGACAGCUCAACUAGGAGCGGAUUCGUGACCUCUACCGGCAGCAUCACGCCCACCAAUUCGGGCACCUCGGGGGUGAGCGGUUCAGCCUCCGCAACCCAGGGCUCUGUUUCCUCAUCUGUCAUUCCCAGUGGCGCAUCCCAUGUGGCAGGCACAGGACUGUUUGUUGUCCUGACUGCUAUCUUUGCUGCCAGUCAACUUGCUUAA